AUGAAGCCAUCUACUGUCGUCUUGCUGACCCUUGCCUCUGGAGCUGUCGCAUUCCCAUGGCUCCAUGCAGACUUUGCGGACAACGCCAAGCGUGGACUGGAAGUCGUGAAGAAAGAUCCGGAGCUGGUCUCGCUUCUUCAAUCACUUUACCAGGAUCAACUACAGGAACGAGAUGAUUUCUUUGCUACUAUGGUCAGCUACACCGAAGUUUCCGAGGAUGAUUCCGACUCGACGCUGGAGAAGCGUGCCUCAACAAAUUGCUUGCCUCACACACUUCCCGACUUCCUGCCUUCGAACAUUACUGGCCUCAAGAAGUUUCCUGAGGCAGCGUAUCCAUAUCAGGAUCCUAAACCUUCGGACCAAAGAGGGCCGUGUCCGGGAAUGAACACUCUCGCAAACCAUGGCUACAUUCCUCGCAACGGCAUCACCACGGUAGCUCAGACUGUCAUCGCAGCAGCACGGGUGUUCAACAUGGGAGCUGCUCUGGGUACCGAGACUGGACUCUCUGGUCAUCUACGAUUCAAGGAAGGAGACGCGUCUGGAACCCGCUGCGACUUCUACCUCUGCAAUGGCGACAACCACAACUUGAAUGGCAGUGUCUUCCUCGAUCUACAAGACAAGGCCAAGACUUACGGAGGUGGUCAAUACAAUGUGAAAGCGUUAAUCCAUCACUCCGCUGCUCAGUACCAGAACUCCCGCAGCAAGAACCCAAACUUCUAUUUCCUGCCGCCUUCCGCUGCACUGACUAUCGGUGCCACCUACUUUCAAGCCGGCUUCUUCUCAAACGGCACUAUUGGCUUUGGCGGUGUGGCCAAUGAAGCUUCCAUCGCAUCUUUCGACGGUGCUUUCUUCAAUGACAAUGGUACUGUGUCCUACCAACCCGAGCAGAUUCCUCCCCAAGGAUGGUACAGGAGAGGCUUUCCCAUGUUCCUAUCUGAAGGCGUUGAUGGAAUCAUUACUAUGUACUCUGGCAUCGCCGAAAUCCUUGGAGAGCCAGAGCUGUUUGGUUUCAACACUGGUACGGCAGGUGACUUCAACGGCCAGAUGAGUCUCUCGUCCUACGGUGGCAGUGGCAACUAUGGUGGAACCACUGUUAAUGGAACCAUCUGCGCGCUGGAAGAAACACUCUAUGCCAACUUUGUCAACGAGUUCAACAGCGUCCUGUCCACAGCUGUCGGUGCCUUGGGUACUGUAACUUCAAUCUUCGGAAACUAUGGAUGCCCUGUUCCCAGUGGUGCUCCUGCAGCUCAAGCAGACACUACCGCCCCUGGAUAUCCCAAGCCCAGUCCGUGCACCUUGAACAGAAUGGAGAAUGGCCUUGAUCAGUGUUCGCCUGAUACCAACACCUACGACAGGUUCAACUCGAAGAGCGUACCCUUCUGUCUUAACUCGCCGAGCAAGGUUGCUGCAAGCUCAAACCCGUUGCCCGCGCCUGGCAACAUAUAG